CUCCUCCUCCUCCUCCUCGGAGCGGAGCCGGGGCGGGGCGGCCCCUGCGGCAGCGGCUCAGCCCCGCGGCUCUGCCGGGGCGGCUUCCCCCGCCGUUCCCCGCCCGAGCGGAGCUGCAACCGGGCAUGGGCGGCGGGGGAACGGCGGGGAGGGGGCAGCCACCCCUUUAGGGUCGCCACGAGAGAGAUCCGGGAAUUUCCUUACGAUGGAAAGGCUGGUUGUCUCCCUACUGGUUAUCAGCACAGCUGUGAAGGCCAUGAUGUGUCCCAAGCGAUGCAUGUGUCAAAACCUCUCGCCGUCCUUCACCAUCCUCUGCACCAAAACGGGGCUCCUCUUUGUGCCCCCCAGCAUCGACCGGAGGACGGCGGAGCUGAGGUUGAUGGACAACUUCAUCACCACUCUGAGGAGGAAGGAUUUCGCCAACAUGACCAACCUGAUCCACUUGACGCUCUCGAGGAAUACCAUCAGUCAGAUCAUGCCUUACGCGUUUUUCGAUCUCAAAGGCCUUCACGCCUUACACUUGGACAGUAAUCGACUGACGUACAUCAACGAGGACCACUUCAAAGGUUUAAUUAACCUCCGGCAUUUAAUACUCAGUAACAACCAAUUAAACUAUAUCUCUCCCGGGUCGUUGGAUGACUUUAUUGAAACAAUCGAGGACCUGGACCUGUCCUACAACAACUUAGUGAACGUCCCGUGGGAAACGAUCGCCAAACUGACCAACGUCAAUACGGUCAGUUUGGAUCAUAACCUCAUCGAGUUUGUGCCCGAGGGGAUCUUCUCCAACCUCCACAAACUCGCCCGGCUGGACAUGACCUCCAAUAAGUUGAAGAAGAUCCCUCCCGACCCUUUGUUUUCCAGAAUCCCCGUCUACGCCAAAUCCAAAGGAUCUCCCAUCACGUCUUUGGUGCUCAGCUUCGGAGGGAAUCCUCUGCACUGCAACUGCGAACUCGUCUGGUUGAGGCGCCUCACCAGAGAGGACGACCUGGAAACCUGCGCUUCUCCUCCGGAACUGAUGGGCAAAUACUUUUGGUCCAUCAAAGAGGAGGAAUUUGUCUGCGAACCCCCGAUGAUAACUCACCGAACCCCAAAAGUAACGGUGACCGAAGGGCAAAGUGUCUCUUUGAAGUGCAAAGCCGUCGGUGAUCCGGAGCCGUACGUCCGCUGGAUCUCCCCCGAUGGGAAAUUGGUCUCCAACACAUCCAGGACGGUUUCUUACGAGAAUGGGACGCUGGAUAUUUCGGUGACGACGUUGUCGGACAAAGGGACGUUCACCUGCAUCGCCUCCAACGCCGCCGGAGAGUCGACGGCUCCGGUUGAACUCCUCAUCAACCCUUACCCCAACCUCGCCAACAGCACCGACUGCGAUAAAGACCGGGAGAACAGCCCCUCGGAUAUCCUUAUAUCCGCCAAGUCGAGCUUUCCCAACGAAACAAAGGCUCCGCAGGAGAAGGUCGCGGUGGCUGAGUUGACGUCAUCUUCUGCUCUUAUCCAAUGGCCUUCUCAGCACCAUCUUCCCGGGAUUCGGAUGUACCAAAUUCAGUACAACAGCUCCGCCGACGACAUCCUGGUGUACAGGAUGAUCCCAGCUCCUAGUAAAUCCUUCUUCUUGACUGAUCUGGUUGCAGGACGCCAGUACGACCUCUGCGUUCUUGCCGUUUACGAUGACGGGUUGACCUCUUUGACGGCAACCAGAGUGCUCGGCUGCGUGGAGUUCACCACCCAAGAGGAGUACAAACAGUGCCGCUCCCUUCACGCCCAGUUUCUCGGCGGCACCAUGAUCAUCAUUAUCGGGGGGAUCAUCGUGGCCUCCGUCCUCGUUUUCAUCUUCAUCCUCCUGGUGAAGUACAAAGUCUACAACCACCACCCCAAAACCAAACCCGCCAAAGUCCACAACGUCUGCUCGCAAACCAACGGCAGCCAAAGCGGCUCCGCGGGGCGCUCCGCCUCCAAACUCGCCGAGCGCCGACAGAGUUUGCGCCACGAGGGUUCCGCUUCGUCCCUCAAAAGCAAAACGGGGGUGGAAUUGGACUGCGAGAAAGCGACCCCGACCAACGCCGCCUUUUUAACCACCGAGGCGUUACCUUAACGGGAGGGAACCGAGGGGGCGUUUGCGCUCGAACCAUCGGAACGCGAAUGGGUGUAUUUUAAGCUUCACUACUAUCGUCUAUUUUUAAGAUCAGAUGGUUUCAAAGAAUAUUUUUUUAAUCUCUGUACACAGUUCUCGCAUUCUUAACUAUUUUCUUUCGAGAUAUUAAAUAUAAGUGUGUGAUUUCCAAGAUUUUUUUACCGGUUCUUUUCUAGCCCCGACAGCUCCGGAGCUCAACCGAAUGGGUUUGGCUUUGAAAGGCACUCUCUUGCGUUCGUUCGGGUACCGACCGGCAGCAGAACGGACUCUCAGGACCUUCACCUUUGCCCUUUCCUCACUCUCCGCAGCUCAAACGCCUCUUCUCUCCAAGGAAUAAUUUGUUAUUAAACGUUCCCGACUUCU